UCACCCAGCGCUGCUCAUCAGCUCCACUACUGACGGCCUUCAUCGCCAGCUCAACCUCAGGAUCGUAUCUCUACUCUGCGGACAGCAGUUCACUUCUACAGCCAUGUGGAGCUCCAUCCUCUGCCUGUCUUUUGUCACAAUGGUGUCUUCUGCACCGAUAUCACCAUUCUUCAACUACUUGCCGCACUAUGGAAAUCCAAGACCUGGACCUUCUGCACAGGGCACUAACGACUUCUUCUCUACCAAUGGACAGCCUGCUUUCAACGCCCCCAUCAGUAUGGAGAUUGUCUUUCCUCCACAGUUCCAGGGAUCUCCAGUAGGAGGAGCUGGUGCUGGACCUGCUUUCCCAUCCCAGGGCUUCAUCAAAUACUCUCUUCCUAAGGUUCCCGGCAGAAAGAGUGUGGAAAUUUACUACCCCUAUGACUUCACGCAGCAGAGACAGGUGAUGCCAAGUGUUCCCAUGAUGCCUGCAGUUCCUCAGCUCCCAGGCCUUGUCACUUUCGAUAACCCACCACACAACGUUCCCCAGCAGCAGCCCCCCAGAGCUUCUCCUCCACAGUCUAACGAUCCUCAUCCACAGAUUAUGCACGAUCAGCCAGUCCAGACAGGCCAGACUCCAAUCAACCUCUAAACACUGAAGAAAUCUCCUUGAUGUUGAAUUCCUACAUCAGCAUGGAUCUUAUGGUUUUUAUUUAAUAACUAAUAACAGUUAGAGUAAGUGAGCUGCCUUAUGAGAAGGAAGCUGAUUAUUUAAUAUAAUAUUAGUGCUGUAGAGUGACCUGUUUUAUACAGGCCUGGAUUUUAAACAAAAAAACAUCUACACUCUCUCACUCUCUCUGUGCAGAGACAAAGCCACACAUUUAAAGUUAUAGAAAUAAAAAAAGGAAUUAAAUUAUCUCUUUUUUUAUUGAAUAUGGAUGUUUGGAAGAAGUUGGUUGUAUGUGAAUAUUGUUUGUAGAAAUAAAUUCAAUAACAUUUCAAUAAAUUCUACCUUAUUGCUUA